AUGUCGCUGGUUUCGGGCCCAGGCAGGGGCGGAGGAGGAGCAGGCACUCAGGAAGAGCUCUGUAUGGACAAACAUGUGGCCUAUAUCCAGAGUCUCAACAAACGCAGCGAUGAACUCGAGUAUGCCUACACAGAGCACCUUCGUAUGAACGGGGUCUAUUGGGGGUUAACUCCUUUGCAUUUAAUGAAUCGUGCCGAGGCCUUACCGAGAGACGAGACAAUAGAAUUUGUGCUCUCGUGUCAGCAUGAGAGCGGCGGCUUUGGAGCUGCACCUCUCCAUGAUGCUCAUAUGCUGUACACCGUGUCUGCUAUACAGAUAUUGGCUACCCUGGACGCUUUGGAUGAAUUAGACAGAUCAGGCCGUGCUGGAAAGCAAAGAGCUGCAUCGUUUAUAGCAUCUUUACAAGACCGCGAAACCGGAGUCUUCAGAGGCGAUGAAUGGGGCGAGUCAGAUACCCGUUUCCUUUACGGGGCUUUGAAUGCCUUGUCGCUUUUAGGAGAGCUGAAAUUGGUUGACAUCGACAAGGCUGUUUCCUAUAUUCAACAAUGCGUGAAUCUAGACGGAGCGUAUGGUGUUCGGCCAGGUGCCGAGUCCCAUGCGGGCCAGGUACUGACCUGUGUAGCGGCUCUAGCCAUUGCCGGUCGCUUGGAUCUCAUUGAUAGAAGUCGGCUUGGAACCUGGUUAAGCGAACGGCAACUAGAAGUAGGAGGGCUUAAUGGACGACCUGAGAAACUUGAAGAUGUGUGCUAUAGUUGGUGGGUGGCUGCCAGCUUAGCGAUAAUAGGGUGUCUAGAUUGGAUUGAUAAACAGAAGCUUCAGUCUUUUAUAUUGCGUUGUCAGGAUUAUGAUCAUGGUGGCCUAUCUGAUCGGCCGGGGAAUGUAGUUGAUGUAUUCCAUACCCAUUUCGGCCUGGCUGGUCUAAGCCUCCUCGGAUAUUCAGGUCUAAAAGAAAUUGACCCUGUGUAUUGUAUGCCUAAAGAAACCAUAGAAAGACUGUUAGGUAAAUAG